AUGCAAAGAUCUGAAGUAACAUGUUCUUAUCCAUAUGAUAAAUGUCUUAAUACCAGUGUCAAAACACAAAAUGAACAAAUUAUAGUUAGAGGAUGUUCUUCAUCAUUAAACCCACUCUUUCAAACAUUUACAGGAAGAAAUGCAACUUUUUUACAGAUUAAUAAAUGUGAAACAAUUGGACUAGAAGAUGGAACAUUUGAAUAUUGUAUUUGUAACCAAACUUUAUGUAACAGUACAUCUAAAUCUUACCCAAAUUUAUCACACAAAUUACUAUCUUUUAUUUUUGUAAUUAUUGGUAUAAUUUACUUAUCUUAA